CCGGAAAAGCACUGCAGCUCCUGUAGGAGCGCCUGGUGGCCACGAAAGGUGCGUUGACUCAUUCGUACCGCUGUUGCUGACAGUAGCACACGACGCUGUGCUGUCGCUGGUCAUGUAAAGAGUUACUAACACAAGGCAUCCACCCCCUCUACCCCAGGAGCUGGCCGCACCGCUGUUCAGCGCCCAUGCACUUUGAACGAAGUCCCUGCCGCCAACGAAUCGAGCCUGAAACGCCCGCCGGGAGAAAUUGUUGGGUUUAAGACUAACGCUACGUCUUGAGCCCUUAGCUGCGAGGUCUGCUUACGACGGUCGACAUGCAAGAGGUGCAGCAACGUGAGCCACGCUUUAGCCCCGUCGCGUCUUCUUUCUCUCGGGCAGAUAUGCCAGCGGCGCAGUGUGUCCGCUGCCACAGUAGCAACAGUCCGCGCGACUUUACCGUCCUGCCAUGCUACCACUCAGUUUGCCUGAAGUGCCUCGACGAAGUUCCCGACAAGGGUUGCGACGUGGUCGGCUACAAGUGCCCCGUUUGCCAGGAAAAUCUUUACGCUUUAUCUCAGUCGAUUCUCAUCAGUAACAUUCUGAACGUCGUCCACGAAGACUUCGAUUACAGCGCCUGCAGCAACUGCAAUGAGGGCAAACGGGCUUCGGGGCGCUGCCGAGACUGCAACAACGAGCUGCUCUGCGACAACUGUGUUUGGGCCCACCAGCGGGUGCGUCUCACCAAAGAUCACGAGAUCGUGAGCGUCUCCUCCGACUGCACCACGGCGUCGGCUAUGCCGCCUGCUGACAACCACACAGGCCACACUAAGUCCUGGUCAGACCGUCACGACUGUCAGGUGUUGCGGCUUUACUGCGAGACAUGCUGCGAGGCUCUCUGCAGUGACUGCACUGUCAAGGAACACGGAUCCCAUAGCCUGGUAUACCUACAGGACGCGCUGAACAGCGCGCGCACAGCUGUGCCGUCUACACUGGCCGAUAUGCGCUCCGUGGUCACUGUCCUCCAAGAGAGUAUGGAGCGCUCACGCCGCAUGUCGGAACGUUUGCGCGUGCGCACCCAGAAUGUAGCCGCUGAAGUACGAAGCACGGCCGGACGCCACCGCGUCGCCCUGAACCAGCGCGAGCGAGACCUGUUACAGCGGCUUGACCAGGCGCAGCAAGUGAAAGAGCAGGCGCUUAAACGGCAACGUGACCAGCUGAGCUCGAAGCUUGAGCGGCUGGAGCGAGCCGCUAGCGCCCUGCAGAAGGCAGGUGACGACCUCGAUUUGCUGCGAGCCCGUCGUGAGGCCCAAGCACAGCUGCAAGAGGCUCGAGACGCACCAACCGAGCCUGCCGAGGACGACCAUAUUGAGUUUACUGCACCCGACGGCGCCUUGCUAGGAGCCAUCGGCACCCUAGGCUUUCUCAGCAGCGCCGGCUACGGACCCAACUCGAGCGCGGCUGGUGAGGCGUUAGUGCGUGCUGUUCGCGGUCGUAGCGCCGUAUUCACUGUGCACGCACGCGACCAUUUGGGCGAGACUCGGCUCUUGGGCGGCGACCCGGUCCAGGUGACUGUGCGAGCCCCGGACGGGAGCCUCUGCCGCGCGGAUGUCGUCGAUCGCCACGACGGCACCUACCAGGUGACCUUUCAGCCACAGCAGGAGGGUACACACAUCGUGCGUGUCCUGUUGCGUGGUGCGGACAUCCAGAGGAGCCCAUUUGCAGUUUCGGUGCGCGCCAGCCGCAACUACGCGGCCAUCAGCGAGCCUAGUCUCGUGAUUGGCACCGAGGGCAGCGGUGACGGCCAGCUUUGCCGCCCCUGGGGUGUAUGCACAGACUCCCAAGGUCACAUCAUUGUCGCAGACAGGAGCAACAACCGUAUCCAAGUGUUCAAUGUAGACGGGAGCUUUCGCCUUAAGUUUGGCACUCGUGGAGAACUGCCAGGUCAAUUUGAUCGGCCUGCUGGUGUAGCCUGGGAUGAGACUCAUGGAGGACGAAUAGUCGUUGCGGAUAAGGACAACCAUCGUGUGCAAGUUUUUGACUCUCGUGGCACUUUUCUUCUAACAUUUGGUGAAUGGGGCAGCAAGAGUGGUCAGUUCAACUACCCAUGGGAUGUUGCAGUCAACUCGGAAGGACACAUCUUGGUGUCUGAUACUCGUAACCACCGAGUGCAGUUGUUCCAGGCAGAUGGAACUUUUCUGAACAAGUAUGGCUUUGAGGGGCCCCUGUGGAAGCAGUUCGACUCGCCUCGUGGUGUGGCCUUUAUUGGUGAUGGCCAUGUGGUGGUCACAGACUUCAACAACCACAGAGUGCUCGUGAUCCGGCCCGAUUUUCAGUCUGCGAGCUAUCUGGGCGGCGAGGGGAAAGAGCCAGGCCUGUUCCAGCGACCCCAAGGCGUAGCUGUUGAUCUGGAGGGCCACAUUGUGGUAGCCGACUCCCGCAACCACCGGCUGCAGGUGUUCCGACCUGAUGGCAAGCUGCUUGCCUGCUUUGGUUCCCAGGGUCAGGAGCCUGGCCAACUGGACCUGCCUUCGGGGCUCUGCAUAUCUCCUGAAGGUCGAAUCGUCGUCGUCGACUUUGGCAACAACAGGGUGCAGCUCUUCUGAUCAGGUCCAUGCAGCUGAUUCAACACCUUUUGUGUUCCUUCGUUUUGUUGCACUUUGUUUUUCUUUUAAUGGAAAAAAUUGUGUUCUUUGUGCUCGAUGGUUAGCCUGUUUUAGAGAAGCCUUGUCACUGCUGGUUUAACUUGUUUAAAAAUGUGGGCCUGAUAGAGAAUCAAGCACACUAGUCAGUUGUCAAGAGCAUCCUGGAUUCUUGGCCCACGUGCAUAAGCCACUAUGAAGUGUGCAAUAAUGCAAGGCAAUGCAGCUGCCCUUAUCACGCAAGUUUAAUAUGCCAUUUUAUUGCCUCUGAGUACCUGCCCAGCAGUAGUACGGCACUUUUAACAGCCUGGUUCUUCUUAUUUCUGUGGUCACAGGUUUGCAAAGCGUGUCUUGACUAAACAUUUGAGGUUCCAGAGCAACCCAAAAAAGUUCCUAUUUUAUAUACUGUCGUCAAUUUUAUACUCUGGUUUCUGUAUUGCGCCAGCCUGGUUGUCUGUUUUCACAAGACAAGUUCCUAUGUGCCAUACUGCAAGAUUCCUUCUAAAUGUACAAAAAAUGUGCUGCAGAAACUAAAGGGUGGAAGGAAAGCUAUGCCAAGUGUAAGAAAUUAGCUUAUCAUUGCCACUGGCAGCAAGUAACAGCUUUUACUCGCUUUUUUGUUUCAGUGUCAUCACCAUUGCCAAUGGAGGUGCAUUUGAAUGUGCUUAAGAUUGUUUCAAUGUGUUUUUGUAUUUGUUGUAGUCCAGAUGUUCAGUUUCUUUUUUUUUUAUCUGCCCUUGCUUUUUUUUAUCUGCCCUUGAGGCUGUUACUUUGGGACUGGCUGCUUGACAAGUGCAGAACUGUAGACUUGCAGCACUAAAAGCUUUGCAUGCUGUAGAGGCCUUUGUCAGUCUGCAUUUGCAUUGCCUGAUGCUCAUUGUGAAAGAUCUUAGCUGUGCUCAUAGUCCUGUUGCAGUUCAAGCACGUUUUCUUUUGAAUUUUUUAUUCACCUGCAAAGGUUUUGUUUGUUUGUUUUUAGGUGCAAAUGCAUGUAUGUGUUCACUUGUUUGCAAUUUGCAUAACUCCCUUUUUAAAUGCUUUCAGCUUUAAAAGGAGCGUUCUGUGAUAUGACGGGCAUUUCUGCAAUCUUUUUUUUUUUUCCCCUGGCUUUGAGGCAAAGCAGCACGCUAUGUACUCACUGAUGGCCAAAAAAUAAAGCAGGCUUGGCAUAAUUAGGGCAGUUAAUGCAGGCCUGGUGAAGAUUUAGAUUUUUAGAUCAUUUUCCUGGCAUCCAAGCUGGUAAAAUGUUUUGCUGCAAGCUGCACUUAACACGUACAACUACUUGGUGCAGCUUUUUAAGAACCAGUGAACAUUCGAAACCUUUCAUAUUGCCAAGUGCCGUAAACUGGGUGCAUAAUGGAAGAAUCUUGAAGGUUUUUAAAAUUUUUUUUUUGCCAGUGGUGUUGGCAGACAGUGCUGCUUUGGCAAAGUUUCAGUGGCAGAUCUCAGGAAUUGUAUUUCUGCCUCGUUUUAUGCUGUGCUAUUUUUAUGAAGUUUGUGAUACGAGAAUAAAGUUCCUGGGUUUUUAUCAAA